GAAACGUGGACCCUGUACAGCCGCAGUUAGUUGCCUGCCUGCCUGCCUUCCUUGUUUGCAAGCGAGAGCUGACACAACAGACCCUAGAAAAGGAAGGAGACAGCCUGCGGAUAACAGUACACAAACCCGGGCAUUUCCGUGCAGCAUACACAUCCGAUCUGUGAUUACUCGUGUUGUAUUUAUUAUUGCGGGGCCAAUACAGUGCAGUCUGGAGGAUGAAGCUAAAAGAGAUUGACCGCACUGCAAUGCAGGCCUGGAGCCCAGCUCAGCAGCAUCCUAUCUAUCUGGCCACUGGCACUUCGGCUCAGCAACUUGACGCAACUUUCAGUACAAAUGCUGCCCUUGAGAUUUUUGAGCUGGAUCUCACAGACACUACACUGGAUAUGAAAUCAUGUGGCACGUUCUCCUCUUCACACAGGUAUCAUAAACUGGUUUGGGGACCACAUGGGAUGAGUUCAGAAGAACAUCCCAGUGGAGUCCUCAUUGCUGGGGGUGAAAAUGGAAAUGUUAUUCUGUACGACGCAGCGAAAAUCAUAGCUGGAGACAGCGAUGUGGUCAUCGCUCAGAAUGAUAAGCACUCUGGACCAGUUAGAGCGCUGGAUGUUAAUUCGUUCCAGGCAAACCUUGUUGUCUCAGGAGGUAACGAGUCUGAAAUCUACAUUUGGGAUCUGAACAAUUUUGAUUCUCCGAUGACACCUGGACCAAAAUCUCAGCCUCUUGAAGACAUCAGUUGUGUUGCUUGGAACAGGCAAGUCCAGCAUAUCUUGGCUUCAGCCAGCCCCAGUGGACGUGCGUCAGUGUGGGACCUGCGGAAAAACGAACCCAUUAUCAAAGUCAGCGACCACAGCAAUAGGAUGCACUGUUCAGGGUUGGCUUGGAACCCUGAGGUGGCCACCCAGCUAGUGCUUGCAUCAGAAGAUGACAGGAUGCCCGUUAUUCAAAUGUGGGACCUGAGGUUUGCCUCCUCGCCCCUGAAAGUCCUGGAAAACCACACAAGGGGUGUACUGGCCAUUGCCUGGAGCUUGGCAGACCCCGAGUUGCUCCUGAGCUGUGGGAAGGACAACAGGAUUCUCUGCUGGAACCCCAACUCUGGAGAGGUGCUGUAUGAGCUGCCCACCAGCACACAGUGGUGCUUUGAUAUCCAGUGGUGUCCCAGAAACCCAGCUGUCCUCUCUGCAGCAGCCUUUGAUGGACACAUCAGUGUCUACUCUAUCAUGGGAGGCAGCUGUGAUGGCCAGAGGCAGAAGCAAGCAGAUCAGCUCACCUCCUCCUUUGGGAAUCUGGAUCCCUUUGGUACUGGCCAGACCCUCCCUCCCCUGCAGCUCCGUCAGCCCGCAGUCCAGCAAAGCACAGUGAUGCCCCUGAAGAAACCCCCCAAGUGGAUACGCAGACCUGUAGGAGCGUCGUUCGCUUUUGGAGGCAAGCUGGUAACAUUUGGAAAUGUAACUGUCCAACCUCAGCAGCAGCAGCUAGUUCCUCAUCACGUUUAUGUGAGCCAGGUUGUCACGGAAACAGACUUUUUGGAGCGCUCUAAUCAGCUUCAGUCUGCUGUGCAGGCUGGAAAUUUUUUCAAUUUCUGUCAGUCUAAAGUAGACGCUUCACAGACUGAAUUUGAGAGGAACAUCUGGUCUUUCUUAAAGAUCAACUUUGAGAUUGAUCCUCGCAACAAAUACUUGGAGCUUUUGGGGUAUAAAAAGGAAGAACUUGUUAAGAAGAUUGCUGCUGCAUUAGAGAAAGACGCAACUGUAGAUGGGAAAGCUGAGGAGGCUGUUUGUGAAACUGAGCAGGCAGUGGAAAGGGUUGAAGGGAGCCCCAUUGCUGAAGAGCAGACCCAGGGAGAGACAGAGCACCCCGUUGAUGAGGACGGAGGGGAUGCUGAUCUUAAAGAACAAGCCUCUGAAGUAAAGGAGACCUUGAACAUCUCGAUCAGUGGGGAUGUCGAUGGGCUCAUUACUCAGGCCUUGCUCACUGGUGACUUUGAGGGUGCUGUGGAUCUCUGUCUCCAUGACAACCGCAUGGCAGACGCCAUUAUCCUGGCCAUCGCAGGAGGGCAGGAGCUCCUGACAAAGACUCAGGAAAAAUACUUCGCCAAAACGCAGAGCAAGAUCACCAGGCUGAUUACUGCAGUGGUCACAAAGGACUGGAAGGAGAUUGUUCAGUCAUGUGACCUGCAGAACUGGAGAGAGGCGCUGGCUGCUGUGCUGACGUACGCUCGUCCUGAUGAAUUUGCAGCCCUUUGCGGUGAUCUUGGUACCCGGCUGGAAAGAGAUGGAGACCUCAACCUCCAGGCCCAGGCCUGCCUGUGCUACAUCUGUGCUGGUGAUGUGGAGAAGCUGGUAGCAUGCUGGACCAAAGCACAGGAUGGGAACUCGCCACUAUCCUUGCAGGACCUGGUUGAGAAGGUAGUGAUCUUGCGUAAGGCCGUUGAAAUGAGCCAGGGAGUGAGCAGCAAUGCUGCAGGGGCUCUCCUCGCUGAGAAGAUGAUUCACUAUGCCAGUCUGCUGGCAGCUCAAGGCAGUCUGAGCACUGCUAUGGCCUAUCUGCCAAGCAACACUGAUCAGACAAACAUUGUGCAUUUGCGUGACAGACUUUAUAGAGCACAGGGUGAACAAGCCCCAGGAGCACAGGUUCCUUAUGAGAGACAACAGGCAACCAAAGGAAGGGCUUCCGCCAAGCAGGCCCACCCAGCCGGGCAGAUGCCACAGCACCAGCCACAAGCCCAGACACAACAGUACUACCCACAGGUAAGAUCUGCCCAUACUGUCACUUCCUGGAGUAACCAAACUCCCACUGCCCUUCCAAGUAUUCCACCUGCAGCCUCUGCCUCAGACACUCAGGUUGAGCCCCCACCUCCAGGUUUCAUCAUGCAGGGACCUGCUAACCCUGUAGCUGCCAGCGCAGCCCCUGGUUAUAUGUACGGGCAGCCCAGCGCACGACAGCAGUAUCCGCAGACUUACCCUCAGACACAGCAGUACCCUCAAGGCAUGGGGGGGCCAUCAAUCUAUCAACCUCAGCAACCCACUGCGUCUCCUCCUCCUCCUCCUUCACCCUCUGCUUCGUACCCUUCUCACUACCUGCACUCUGCAUCUUCUCACUCUGUUUACACGGGACAGCCUCCAACCUCGGCUAUGGGACCCGUCUCACCUGCUUCCUCUUUCCCUCCUCCUGCUUCUGGAGCCUCCUUCCAGCAUGGCGGGCCUGGAGCUCCAGCCUCUUCUUACCCACCACCACUGACAGGACCAACAGGUACCCUGCCUGCCGCCCAAAACGAGCUGCCUGCUUCGCAGAGAACAGGAGGAAUAAACACCCCAGACAUAACCUGCUUCCUAGAAGGACCACAGAAUGGAUGGAACGAUCCUCCCAGUCUGAGCAGAGUACCAAAGAAGAAGAAGCUUCCAGACCACUACGCUCCUCCAGUUCCAAUCACAGCCCCAAUAAUGAACCCCUUAGGGGAUCCCCAGGCACAGCAGUCCUCUCUCCCACCCACCUUCCAGCCCCAGCAGCACCCUGCAGGACAGCCAGGGCUGCAGCCCUCCUUCCCCGGGAUCCAGCAGCCGCUGCUGCAGCCUGCUCUACAGCCCUCUGCACCAAAGCUCAGUGCUGAAGGGCCGCCUGGUGCACCUAUAGGAGACGUCAUACAGCCCUUUCAAUCCAUACCGGCUGAAAAAAUCACCAAAAAGCCCAUUCCUGAUGAGCAUCUGGUCCUCAAGACCACGUUUGAAGGGCUAAUUCAGAAGUGUAUGAAUGCUGCUACAGAUCCACAAACAAGGAGAAAGCUGGAUGAUGCAAACAAACGCCUGGAGUUCUUGUAUGAUAAACUGCGUGACCAAACGCUCUCUCCAACAAUUGUCAAUGGUUUACAUAACAUCGCCAGGAGUAUUGAAACACGAAACUACAUGGAGGGAUUGAACAUGCACACCCACAUCGUUGGCAACAGCAACUUCAGCGAGACGUCUGCUUUCAUGCCUGUCCUCAAAGUAGUCCUUACACAGGCCAACAAGCUAGGGGUAUAAUCUUCACAGAAUACCGGAUCAUUCCGUAAAACCGCUUCUGUACCAUAGCAAGCAAGAACAAGUAGGACCAACUAUGAUAGCAUGUGUAGCUGGCUUAUUGGGUCAUCACUGGCAUAUGCUAAAGGUCUUAAAAAGAAUCAACAUUUUAAAAGCUUUUAUCUGUGAUUUUAAUGUGUAAUCAUCAAAUCCUGAGAGCAGAGUGCAAUGGCCUUGGUGCUUUUUUAAUUGGUUUUUGUUUGUGUUCAACAAAGGGCAUCUAAAUGUAAACAGUAUUAAAAAAAAAUCCUGCUUUUAAUGAUUGACAUGUUGUGCGAGAAGUCUGUAUAAAACGUGGAAGUCUGAAUAAGAAGACUGUACAAUAGGACCCUGUAUGUGUUUUUAUGUUUGUAUCUCUGUGUGUCUGUUGAUUAAUCACUUUAUUAUUUAGUCUUUUAAGGCUUUUAUCACAAAAUGCUGCCUGUUUUUUCUUAGUCCCCCCCCCCCACCACCCUUAAACAAUUAGGACAAUUGUGCAGUGCAUUUUUUUUCUAAGAAACUAAAUCUCCAACAACUUACAAUAUUUAAAAUAAACAUUAAUUUAUAGAUGAAGUGGUAUUGGAAAUAAUCUUUUUCUCUGUCGUCUCCUGGUAGAUUUUUAUGAAGUGUUUCUGUUUAAACAAUGCUGUUGAUGUUUUGACGAGUCCUACCAUUGUGUUUCCAGUUCUUUCAGUUUGGUCUGUUUUUAAUAUUUUUGAAGUGUAUCCCCAUUAAUAUACAUAAGCAGGCACUUGUCUGGAGAUGAUCAUGCAGGCUGAUUCCUAAAAAAGCUCUUGUUCUUUGAAAUAAAUUGCAAAUUGAAUUGUCCUGACAUUCUUAAAUGAAACUUGUCAUAUGCACAUGUGAAAAUCUUCACAAUGAAUUUGCAAUAAACAGGCACUGCUCUGAACUCAGUAAUGCACACUGAUUCUUAAUGAUUUUGAUCCCUUAAAAACAUGGCAAAGUAAAGGUUCUAGUAUUUUUUUCACCAAGAUUCCCACAUGUACAAAACUGCAUUUUAAAGUUUGAUUGUUUAUUUUCAUUUUUAUCGAAUGCCUACAGUAUAAGUCUUGCUUAUUUUUAAAGCAUUAAAUGCAAAAAAUGUUCACAGUAUUCCUUAAAUUGUGUUUACAGAUGACACUGUUGUAUUACACUAUGCUAUAGAACUGUCUGUAGUAUAAUGAUGCCUGAAACGUAUUCCCUCUCUCACCAGAAUAUCUGAAUGUUCUCUGACCAUGGUCUGCCUUGGUAACAUAAUUUUAAACUAAUAUGUACAAAUAUUCUAUGUGUAUCAUUAAAAUGUAAUCAGUCAUCCCAUGUAAUACAUCUGGAUUGUCAUUUUAAUGGAAUAGGACAAGUGAUUGGUGAAAAUUAUAAGCCUCCUAGCAUAAUAUAUACAUCGCAUAUUGAAAUACAGGCUUAUUGCCUAUAAUUACGCAAGUGUUUGACAGCAUAGCUAGCUAGCAUUGUCUGUGCAACUAUAUGUAUAUUGUAAUCUGAGCCGUUUAAAUCCAGGUAACUCAAGUCAAACAAUUUAAGCAUUGUACUUAAAACAGCUUUUAACUUAAUGAAAAGCUUGACUUUAACAAUAUUUGUCAGUUCAGGAAACUAAUUCAUACCCCGCUUUUUGUUGUUCAUUACUGUAGCAUUCUUUUGUUCAGAUUCGUCCAUUUUCCUGGAUGUGUGUGUGUGUGUUUUUUUUUUACGUACAUUUUGUUUUGUCUCCUUAUUGGACAGUGAUGUGGAAGUUGUAACUGGUUUUAAUCUGUUUUUUAAAGCAUAGACCACUUCGCAUUUACGCAUUAAUAUAGUGUUGUAAAUUUAGCAGUAAUUUAGUGUUAGGAUUUAAAUUGAAAUUUCACUCUUAAUGCUCAGUGUUUGACUGUUUUUUUUUUUUAAUUGUAUUACUAUAUACCGAAAAUCACAUUAAAUAAAAGGCUUACUCGA